CAUCCUCCUUGAACGGAUUGGGAGGGGGAAGGGCAGCGAGUGAGGGCGUGGGGUGUGUGUCCGCAUCGACUCCCGUGGCAUGAAAAGCGAGACGUCUUCGCUCCAGCACUCAUCCAUUAUGAUCCGAUAACUCCGGGGCCCCACGGAAAACCUCUCGUCAUUGAGCCCUGGGCCCCCUUGGACGGUCAUCCAGAGAUGUAAAGGGGCUUGGGGAGGGCAUCAGAGAUCCCGUUCCAACUGGAUCCGGACGGAAUCCGAAUUUCAGACGCACGAGGAAAGCAACACCUGUCAGCCCCGAAGUGAGGACGCGAUCGACGCGUGGCCUGCCCGGAAAUUACCGGAAUCGUUCGUGGGCCACUAAGCCUGGAGAAAUUCGAUUUGACAGGACCUUUGCGUCCUGGUGAAGGCUUGUAAUAUAGAGUGGGGCUGGGCAGCGCUUAAUCACUGGAGCUACAGAGAGGAAAAGAGAGAGAGAGAGAGAGAGAGAGAGGGAGGGAGAGGGAGACGGAGCGAGAGGGAGGGAGGGAGACGACGAGAAAGAGAGAAGCGAAAGGUGUUUGCAGAUAGGAGGCACUUUUGGUUGAUGGGAUGAAACCAGCCAUGGACGCUGCUGCAGAGGAGUCCCAGGAGCAGAGUCAAGAGAAGAGAGGUUGCUUCGAGUGCUGCAUCAAGUGUUUGGGUGGCGUCCCCUAUGCCUCCCUGGUGGCCACCAUCCUGUGCUUCUCGGGCGUCGCCCUCUUCUGUGGCUGUGGACACGUGGCUUUGACCGGCACGGUCACCCUCUUGGAGAACCAUUUCUCCAAGGUCACCAGUGACCACGCUGUCCUGACUGAUGUAAUACAGCUGAUGCAGUACGUCAUCUACGGCAUCGCUUCCUUCUUCUUCCUCUACGGCAUCAUCCUGCUGGCCGAGGGCUUCUACACCACUAGCGCCGUCAAGGAGCUGCACAGCGAGUUCAAGACCACCAUCUGUGGCCGGUGCAUCAGCGGCUUGUUUGUGUUCCUCACCUACAUCCUGGGCGUGGCCUGGCUCGGAGUGUUCGGCUUCUCGGCGGUGCCCGUCUACGUCUUCUACAACGUGUGGUCCACCUGCGCCGCCAUGAGGUCCCCGGUGGUCAACGUCACCUCCGUCGAGUCCAUCUGCGUCGACGUGCGCCAGUUCGGCAUUAUCCCCUGGAAUGCCACCCCGGGGAAGGCGUGCGGGUCCACGCUGGGUGACAUCUGCAACACCAGCGAGUUCUACCUGUCGUACCACCUGUAUAUCGUGGCCUGUGCCGGCGCCGGAGCCACUGUCAUCGCUUUGAUCCACUUCCUCAUGAUUCUCUCAGCCAACUGGGCCUACCUAAAGGACGCCAGUCACAUGCAUGCCUACCAGGACAUCAAAUCCAAGGAGGAGCAGGAGCUGCAAGACAUCCAGUCCCGCUCCAAGGAAUGCCUCAAUUCAUACUCAUAAGGAUCAAAAACACACACACUCACGCACACACACACACACACACACACACACACACAUACAAACGUACAUGCAAAAGCCCGGCCCUGCCCCCCCACGCCCGAGCCCGCGCUACGUGCUGGACCGAGAGAGCGUGCGGCCGCCCUUUGCUGCGCACGGUACUAACACGGCUCCUAACAGACUAACGCCCACGGCUGAGAAAGGUGUCAUAUUUAAAUGACCUGCGCAUGUAAAAUAGAGCCCAUUUGAAUGUGACACGUUUCUCUGACUCUGUUCUCUGCGUAGCCCUUUUGUUCUCGCCACAUUGCGCUGGCGAAGAAUUGCACUAGUUUCAAAUAAGGGAAAACAAGGAGCGCCGCAGCUCGCUCUCUCUCUCGCUCCGUCUCUCUUUUUCUCUUGCGGCCAUCCCGUCCCGGUCCGGCGACUGCCCGGAUGCGAGGAAGCGAACGAGUGGCUCCCACGAGACGAGCGACUCGCCAUACGUAGAUCCAAGAUGCCGUUUUAAUGAUCAUUCAUAGCACAACAAUACACGCCUUACAGAUGUUUUGUUUAAGAAAAAAAAUUACGUGAGUGCAAUGUGUUCUAUUCGCACGGUGUCUUUGUGUGUUUGGGUCUUGACUUUUAGGUGGGGGGGGGGGGGGUACUGCAGAGGUGUAAUUUGAUGGCUGGAGCUGCAAGGCUUCCAGCUGUAAGGUCAAAGCUUUCUAUAAUAGUGGGGAAAUCCUGCAGUGCAUAUUGGGUAAUGUAGUUUUGAAGAGGAUGUGCUUUGAGCUUGAUCAGUGGUUUUCUUUUCCUGGGGGGGGGGAGGGUACGGGGGACUUCCUUGAGCUAAAGUGGAACAGUUCUUUUCUUCCAGCGUUUUGAGGUGAAUGUCACUCAGCAGUUUCAGCAGACAUGCUUAUUUUUUCAUCAAAAAAUAUAGACCACCCCUAAAUAAAAGAGAAAAAAAAAACUACCUCAGGUAUGAAAUGACAAAUUUUUCAUGAUGCAUAUUUUACACUGCAAUGUACCCCAUGAGAUCAGUCAGCAAACCACAAAAAUUAAAAUGACCAAUUUCAAGGACCUAAUUUAUCAUUUUACUGAAACUGAAAUAGGUUUGAUUUUCUGUUAUAAUCACUGAUGCUGAAGUCAAUGUGAAGCAUUGUCUACUGGAACUGAAAUCCGUCCAACCAGCCUUGACCCGCUUCCCCAACAAGCAGAGAUACAUUCCAGAUUUUCUCAGUGAACCUCAACGUACAGUUCAGGUUCUGGCCAAAAUGUUUGAAACGCAAGGCAAGCACGUGUUCGCAAGCCAUACUGUGAUCAGAUCUCAAAUCACCGUCUCCCGCUCGCUACCCGUGUUGCGCGUCGCCAAGUGGAAGAUUCAAUGUGUCCGCGAGCCACGUGCAGAAAAGAAGCCGUGAUCUGUUCUAAGGCACGCGGGGGUCCGAAGACGCACAAAAGGGGUAAAAGUGUCCUGGAGAUGUUAGUUAUUAGCAAACUCGCCAAGACGUGAGCACUGCUCCAGAGAAGGGUUCAGAAAGUGUUGUGAAAUGCAAAACGAGAUGGAAUCCUGCUCCAUUGUGGUCCACAGUCCCUCCAGGUAUUCUAGCUAUUCUUUAAAACCUGGGGCCUCAUUUAUGAAAGCUACCUGGGGUAUGAAGUAGUGUAGUGAUUGAAGCUGCUGCCUUUAGAGCCAGAGAUUGCAGGUUUCAAUCCCAUAUCCUACUGUAGUAUCCCUG